AUGACGAAGAACUCACCCGUUAUCGUGGCUAUUGUCUCUCUGUUCUUCCAGUCUAUUGUCCCUGUUGGACUAGUGCCAGUACCCGCCUCCGCAAGCAAGGCUGUCGCAAUGGGCGUCGACAUGAUCGCUCUGGAUGAAGGGGCCAAGACUCCUCCGCGGAGCGCCCGAAAUAAAGGUGUCCUUGUUGAGCCAAACACUCCGAUGGGAACGCGCCGAAGUGAUCGCAUCCGGAAACAAGUAUUGAAAAACGUUGGCAAGGAUGAUAUUGGCGAGACCAUAACGACACCGCGAGGAUCAAGCAUCCAUUCGAUACUACCCAGUCAUUUCGAGUUUCUCAACUCGCCUUCACCCAGACGCGUGGAGCUGGAUCAGUUCAAACGGAGACUGCAGUUCAAGAGUGGCGUCCGGAGCAACCUGAUGCUGACAGACGUAUACAAGUCAUUCGAGCGCAAGGAAAAGAUGAAAGAAUUCCACGAAUACCAGCGAGGAAAACGACAGACAGCUCAACUAAAGAGCCGCGGAUUGUCCUUGCCCGCGAUUUCAAAAACUCGGCAAACCAGUGUCUUGACACCCAGCAAAGAAGGCGAAGCACCACAGGUGCAAUUUGUAGCCCGCCACAACUUGCGACCACGACCAUUACGGGUGUCUGUCAGUGAUGAUGUGGAUGCACUGCUUAGCACCCCAGUGAGGAAGGGAACAAUCGAGAAACGAAAGAGUCAAUACAAGCGGACAAAGUCGCAUGGAUCGUUCGAUUUUACUAGCUGGAAGGACCGUGAUGAGGCCUGGCGGUCGAAACGGUUAGCAAAUUACAUGUCCUCCUCGAAAUUGGCACGGGAGGCGACUUUAUUCAAGAAGCGGAAACUCGAAGUUUGCGGAUGGGGCAAUCCACAGCGGAAUCUUGGAAACUAUCUCAGCAUCUGCUGGGACUAUAAUCCGGAUCUGGAUGCAGAGAAGGAUCAAUCACUACCAGACCAAGUUCCCUGCAUUCUUAAUCGCCAAAACGCAGAGGGAGUUUGUGUGGAAUCGGGAGUCAUUUACUAUCCUCAAACGAUCGACAUUCCCGACAAAGUGUACCUCACUGGAUAUUGCUUCACAGUCCAAUCCGAACUCGCCCUGAAGUACGAACAGGCGCAGAAGGUCUUGUUUGACCAGGCCAGCGAGCUCGUGCACCAAUCCUUCUUGCAGUACAACAUGGAUCUCUCACUGGACUCGAGUCUCGACGACGAAUUCACGAUCGAUUUUUUUGUUUCGUCGGCACCUUCAACAGACAUGGGCCAGAUCAGGGUGCGGGGCGUGACACAGUUUAUUUUUAUGAAGGCCUAUAUCUAUGUCGACAAGAUCUGUGUCGCUCAGGAAUACCAGAAGAUGGGGAUCGGCGCGUUUUUGAUUGAUCGACUGCACAAGAUCGCCAAGAAGAGGAACAAGGACAUUUUGCUCUACGCCCUCGGACCCGUCGUCGGGGUCUACAAGAAAUGGGGCUUUGAGUACUGUAAAGAAUGGCCCCCGAUCGAGGGGGACAUUGGUGCGAUUAUGAGGAAGCGAAUCAGGACCGAAGGGGUCGUCGACUCUUAUGUUGGCCUCGAGUGGGAUGGCACUCGAUUCUCAUAG